GUAUUCAGCGGGCAUGUGUAGGUCAACGCUGUCAUGCCAGGUGAUUAAUUGUUGGUUUUAUCGAUCACGUCUUAUGGUACUGUAUGAAAUGGGAGAGAUGUUCACCGGUGCUUCGUCGUUCCUACUUAUACCUCAAUGAGUGCAGUUCGAAUGUUGUGGCGGUCCACAUGAGCUCAUCAGAUUUUUCUGUGCAUCCAUUUAUUUUGCCUUCUUAAUUACUCACUUGUGAACCUAAGCAUUUUUUGGCUAACUAAUCCGAUAAAUUUAGUUAUAAACCAUUGUUACAUUGAUAUUUCAAGUUCCAAUCAAUCUUUAUUUUAAUCCUGUAUCGAUAAUCUGUCCAUAAUACAUCCACUUAGUUAAUGUUUUAGUAGUUAUUCACCAAAUAAUCGACAAAACUAUUGUACACCUAGGACAUGUUCAUCAACAAAUCACAUGUUCUAGUCAUGCCAGCAGUUAUCCAACUCCUACAAUUUAUUCAUCAUUUCUAUUUUGAUUGUGUCUAGUUCAAUCAUCAAAUCUAUUCAAGAAAGAAGCUUUCACUUACUGCAACAACCAAAAGUAAAUCUCUCACUGCGUCAUCAUUGAUAGUUCGAAGCCUGUUUUAAGGAAAAGUUUUUUCGCAAUACUCAUGUCAUUUUGAUUAAUUAUGGGCUAUCAUCCUAACUUUCGACGAAUCGUGAAAAUUAUCCACUAACCACUGUAUGGUAUCUUCUAUAUUAAACAUUCUUCCCACAACAUAAACCAACAAUUCUACUGCUAUUUCCAUAACUAAUCAUCUUCAUCGACACUAUAUUUAUUUUUGUGCAUAUUCACUGUUCGUUGCAAAAUUUUCAUGAUUAUCAGGUAUAUUCUUUUUUACCUGUCGUAAAUUCUGUGUAUCAUUAAUAGCCAGUUCGUCCCAAUAUUGACCAUAAUUAUCUCUUUACUCUCCAGUCAGUUAUUUAUCUUAUUCAUUCCAAUUUUUCAAUUACAAUGAAUCCGUCUACCAGUUUACCGUUAAAUGUGCUGUCAGGAUUUACUGAUAAUAUUAAUCAUACUAUUCGAGAGGUAUUUGAUAAUGAUUAUUAUGAAAUCAACGGCUUGCUCGAUCCAUUUAAAAACGGGACGCAAAACAAUGUGCAACAACAUGGUAAUGAACUGUACGUUCAAAAGUCGAUGAAUGAUGGUUUAGACGAAACGACUAGUCUAAAUUUACAAAUGCUACAAACCGAUCAGGAUUCAUCGUUUAUACAAUCUUCGGAGUCAGAUAUCGAAUUGCAUAAUCUAGAAGAAUUAUUAGCUCGAACAUCGAUUAGUGAUGUUUACUUAGGACCUGUUAAAAACAAUGAUGGUAAAAUCAUUCCUUUAGAUGUUGAACGUCGUGCAAUUCUCAAUAAUAGUUUGGCAUCAUUGCCAUAUUCUUCAACAUCUCUUGCUUUUUCUCCACCUGGUAUACAAAUUAUAACAGAAAUGUGGACAACGUUUCUACGAGAUCGUUUGAGUCAUUGUAAUAGCCGUAUACACAAUAUGUCUGUAGAUAAUCUACGCACCUGUCUAUAUGAUCAUAGUUUAAAUCAAUUGGGAAACACUACCGUAUUAAAACGUCGUUUACAAGAGUUUGUGCGACGAGCGCGCGUAGCACAAUCAAUUGAUCACAAUAUUGAAAUCCAAAUCAGUGAUGAUGAUGAUGGAGAUGAUAAUGAGAAUAGUGGUUUCAGCUACGGUGGUCAUGAUAGUGUUCUUGGCGAAGUGAAUCUAAACUCUCAAACAACUAACAAUUGUGGGAAUGAUAGACACAGAUUGAGAAAUCCAUCAGUUACAACGACGACAAAACUACUAAAACCUGUUAUAUUGACACCGGAUACAUUCUAUGACUAUUUAUUAAUCAUUGACCUGGAAGCUACUUGUGAAUCAAAAGAGAAGAUAACCACUGAUGCCGACUAUCCACAUGAAAUCAUUGAAUUUCCCAUAUUACUAUAUAGUACAAGGUUACGCAAGUGUGUCAGUGUAUUUCAUGCUUAUUGUAAGCCAAGAUUACAUCCAGACCUUAGUGAGUUUUGUACAGAUUUAACACAGAUUCAACAAAUCCAAGUAGAUAACGCCCAACCAUUUCCUUAUGUUUUGUUACAGAUUGAAGAAUGGCUGUUCAAAAGACACAAACUGGCCAACAAGAGAUGUGCCAUUGUAUGUGAUUGUAGUGCAGAUAUGAGUAAAUUUAUGCGUAUUCAAUGUCGUCUGGCUAACAUAUCUAUACCUAGUUGGGCCAAUAUAUGGAUUAACUUGACCAAAUCAUUUCGCGCUUUCUACAAGUUUCCAUCACGCUAUCGUAUAACAUUGAAUGUUAUGCUACAUGAUUUGGGUUUAUCUUUUGUUGGUCAGCGACAUCGUGGUUUAGAUGAUGCUAUUAAUAUAUUACGUAUCGUACGCGUAUUAUUGUCUGAUGGGUGUUUGCUACGUGUCAAUGAACGCAUUGAUUUUGAUAGACCUCCUUCUUUUGUCUCCUCUGUGCCAAGGCAUGUGACGCAGGUCACAUCAGGUUUGAUGGGGAGCAAACUGGUUUUACUAUCACCAUCUCCACGAAAAAACAAAUCAAACAUUACCGGGAUUAAUCGUCACAAUCGUACUGUUGGAAACAAACACGUAACUUCAAGUGAUCUUGAUGACAGCAAUCGAGAAUCGUUAUUAUGGUUGGCCAGUAUUCGAAAAACUCGGAUAAAUAGAGAUAAUUAAGCAUGUUCAAAUUUUCAUAUUUCGUAUAUACUCUCUUUCAAAGUUAAGCGUAUGUAUGCUUAUUUUGAUGUUUCUAUUAUUUAAGUACUAUGAAUUUACUGCGCAAAAAUAUAUGCAGUUGAAAACUGGUAAAAUGACCAGAAAUUAAGUAACCUAUUCGGUUGGAUUAUUUGCCCCUAAAUAUUUAUAAAAAAUAGUUAUGUGGAGAUUUAUUUUCCGUGUGCUUAUGAUUUCUCUCCCUAAUCUUAUGUUUUAUUCUCAGCUUCCUACCAAAAAGCCUGUAUGAUUGAUUGUCUCAGCUAAAAGGGAAUGAUGAUAAUAAAAUAGCUAACCAAACUUUUAUUAUUUGUUUUUGGCUGUCUGCUUUCUAUCAGUUUUCUUUUAACAUUAAAUUACAACGAUGUGUAAGUCUAAUUAUUUUUGCUGUCUUAAAAAAUAUUCAGGUUUUAUUCUAUACACAAGAAUUUUGUGAUGACCUAUGGAUUAAUGUCAAAAAACCCUUUCUUCCUAUGCUCUUUAUUUGCAUGUAUUAGCUUCUUUUAUUUAGAACUUUUUGUUUCAAUACUUUUAUUAUGAACUGAUGCGAUGUAAUAUGAAGUAAUUGAAUUAUCUAUAUGUCAGAAUAAUAAUCAUAGUUGUUUAUUGA